UUUUUCUGGGCACAACUCCACCCACUUCAGAAACACUAUCCCCUUUGGAUAGGAAGCGAGAGAAAACACACUCCAAUGGUUCACACAAAUCGUGUGUUUUUUAAAGUUUGUCAGUAUCUAAGUUCAAUUGGUUGUCGAGUCCGUCUGCUCAGCAAGAGAAACAUGCUUUUGGCCCCAAGGCUGAGUUGCCCUACAGUCCCACUUUCCAAUGGGCUGCAGAUUCCAAUAUUGGGAUUAGGCACCUCGCAUGAUGGCGGAUACUCCCACGAUGCCAUUGUGUACGCUCUCACAGAGUGUGGCGUGCGCCACGUUGACACAGCAAAGUACUACGGCUGUGAGGAGCAACUGGGUCACGCCAUCGGAGAAAGCGGGAUACCACGAAGGGAUCUGUGGAUCACAGAUAAGCUGUGGCGUGGGGACUAUGGAUACAAAGAUGCAAAGAAAGCCUGCCUGGACUCCUGCUCGCGGAUGGGGGUUGAAUACUUUGGUAUUAGUUAUCUGUACCUGAUGCACUGGCCUGAAGCAACGCAACCUGGCCUCUCCAACAGGGAGAUGAGAGCUGACACCUGGAGAGCUCUGGAGGAACUGCAUAAAGAAGGGACGUGCUCUGCUAUCGGAGUGAGCAACUUUCUGGUCCACCACCUUGAAGAGUUAAAGGAAGACUGUAGUGUCGUGCCACAUGUUAACCAGGUGGAGUACCAUCCUUUCCAGCAACCCAAUCACCUGAUGGAGUACUGUCGUCAGGAGGGCAUUGUGUUUGAAGGGUACAGUCCUCUGGGCAAAGGUCAAGUCCUCAACAACCCCACUGUUCUUCACAUCGCACACAAAUACGGACGCACGGCAGCUCAGAUCUGCAUCCGCUGGAGUAUCCAGAAUGGAGUGGUCACGAUACCAAAAUCGGUCAAAAAGAAGAGGAUUCAGGAAAACUGUCAAGUGUUUGGCUUCCGGCUGGAGGAGUCCGACAUGGCCGCUUUAGGAAGCUUGGAUGAUGGACGACAUGUGUCUUGGGAUCCUACAAAUGUGGAGUAAAAAAGUCAGAUUGUGUAAGUCUUGGAACGAGGUCAGUGACGGUUGACCUGAAGACGUGUUAAGAUAGGAAUGUUUUAUGAAGUGCUUUUGUUGCCUAAAGUAGACUCUGGAAUGAUGCCUGGUUAAUUCAUCUCAGCUACAUCUUCUGGAAAGGAUAAACAGAUGUGCAUGUUUACAAACUGUUUUUAAGUGUUGCAUUUUCUGUAAACAUUUUCAGUAAAAAUUAAAUGAUAGUUAAAAACAUGA